UGGCGCGAAAUCUCAAAUCCAAGAUGGCGGGUUAUGCGGAGUGAAAGAGUGAACAAGAUGUCGAGAUGGAUUAGGCCAAAAUACAACGAACAAUGUAAAGAAAACGCUCACUUCAUCAAGAAAUCCGUCUCGAUAGACAGUAGGAAGGCACCAGAGGGAUUUUGGUUGGAAAUUUUGAGGGAAAAAUGCCCAGAAGGACUUGGGAAAACUAGUGAAAAUUUGAAAAACAACAAAGAUCUAGUGGCUAAGGAUUUCCUGGAUGAUGAAGAUGCCUUCCUUGUCAAAGGAGCUGCAGUGAAAUACCCUGAAUGUGAUGAACAAAACAAUUUAUUUGCUAGAACUCCAAGACGAUUAUCAGUGGUAAAUGAGGAAGUAAAACAAAAUGCCUUUCCCUUCACUGCUGAGGAACAAGAAGAUAACAUUGGGUCAUUACGACAUGGUUUCAAGACUCCUGUACUACCAAAACACAAUACAUCCUUGUCCAGUAUUACUGCUACACCCUGUCUUUUUAGCCCUGAAUUGAUAAGUCAAUCCACACAAGAUGUUACACCUAAAAAUCAGGUGUUGAAUACAACUCCUUGUAGAAGUGAAACUAUCUCAAGAUUACUGGAGUCGCAACCUUCAUCAUCUCCAGCUCAGUCACAGUUUUCUUGUGUGCACAAUAGCCAAGAGAAUGUUUAUGAAAAGAGCCCAGAUAUUCUUGCUCUGAUGAUUGCAGAUAAUAGACCAAGAAGUAGUCUAGCAUUGCUUUCAGCAGCAAGUUCUGAUGAUGAAAUUGAUGGCUGGUCUGAUUCCAUGGCAACACCACCAGUACAGUGGAGUCCAUCACAAGAAGUACCUAAAGAGGAAGUCGGAGAGCAGAAAAAGUCUAAUGAUAAGCAUGUUGCCAGGACACUUUUUGAAGGAAAUAUUCAAGAUAUAUCAUCAGAAAUGUCUGGUUUUUCUGUCCUAGAGUCUAGUAGUGAGCAAAAUGACACACUAUCUAAAACACUUUUGAAUGAAGAUAAAGAAACCUUUAGUAAACCUGAUGAUGUUGUUGAAUUGGGAAGAAUAUUUCACCAGGAAACAUCUUUAAAAGAUGGCUCUUUGCUAAAGAUGAUUGAUGCAAUUGAGGAUAGUUCUCUACAUUUGUCGCAAAUGGAUGACCUUGCUUCAUCUGAUGUCUUACGAACAGAAAGAAUAGGAUUCUCUAGAGAGAGAAAAAAUUGCUCAUGUAAAGAGAAAAAAUGUACCUGUUUUAUAGAUGGAAAUGAAAUACCAGUUUUGGAAAAUAAGUUUGAAGAAGAUGUAGAAUGCCAGAGUGGCAAUUCUCAGCCCUUCUCCUCAUUAUUAUCUCCACCCACGUCAUCAACUAUGCUGCCACCUCCUGAUAAUACUACUAGCCCUAUUGCAUAUUCACAAGAGGUGCAAAAGUUAUUGGAUUUGGUACAGUCUACUCCUAAAAUACCUGGGAAUAUGGUUGAAACAAAGAUGUCUAAAAUAAGAACAGAAAAAUGUGACAAAAAUAGUAGUAAAAAUAAUAUAAUAGGUGAUACACAAACAUUUUCAUUAAGUGGAACAAGUGAUUUACUUGGUAAUGAGGAUUCUAGAUCAUCAACUYGUGAAAAUGACAGUAAGGCUACAAAAUCUUCAUUUGUUUUGGAGCAUGAUUCCAUGUCUUUUGAUGUACUCAAUGACAUAACUUGUGCAUUAGAUAUAUCUUCAACAUCAGCAUCAUCAUUACCUCUUAGGGAGGCAAUGGCUCUAGAUGUGAACUUAAAGCCUCAUUGUGGUAGUGACCCUAAUGAUUCCAUGUCAUUUCAAGUACUCAAAACUCCAGUGCUUUAUGUACCUUCAUCAGCUGCAGAAUCAUUUCCUGAAGAGAAUAAUGCUCAAGUUGGGGUCACAGAGUCUCAUAGGGAUUGUGAGGAUAAUAGUUUAAUGCCGUUUGACAUACCUUUAACUCCAAAGUUGCCAUCAUCAUCACUUCCUACUAAGGUUGAUACCUCCAAGCCUCAUUGUGGUGAUGAGGUUCAUGAUGUUUCAUUUGGAUCAAUUUCAACUUCAUUGGAGGAAGCCAUGGUGGAAGAGACAGAGAAGGUUUUGAUCAAAACAACAGAGUCUGCACCAGACAAGAAAACAGCAGAUCGAUUGUCAAACACAGAUGAGCACAGUAAUGCCACAAAGCUUAAAACAAUGAAUUCUGGAAAACGAAAACAAUUUAAUGCGGAGACAAACAAAUCAGAAGGGAACGAGAAAUCAGCUCAUAUACUCUUGGGAGUCAGAAGAUCCUCAAGAUUAAAGCGGUUUUCUUAUCCAGUAUCGAGGAAACCUCUUGUGUCCAGAAACUCUAUGGAAUUGAAAGUGAAAAGGAUUGAAGUGGAUGCAACAAGCUGUGAUUUUUCCAAGAAUACAUUAAAAAAGGAAAACUUGGAUGUUGGAGAAGUGAAAAUGGAAAAAAUGUAUGAAAGAGAGAAGGAGAUCGGGAACAUUGAACAAGUGGGAAAAAGCAGAGAAUCUCAGAAAUGUGGAGAAGAAACUUCUCACUCCAAUACCUUUUAUGCCAAGCAAGAGGACAUUAAUCAAACUGACAAGGAAACUGAAAGAAAGGGAUGGUUGGAAAAGAAAAUCAAGGCCCAGAAAAAAGUUCAUUUAAGUAUCUAUGGAGCUGGAUUAGAUCAAAUAUCCUGCAUUAAAAAUAAACCAACAUCUAUAGCAUCUAACAUAAAGUCAAGGGAUACAAUUAAUCUCAAAAAUGCUACACCAGAAAAUCAAGAGUCGAUUCAGAAGGAUAUAUCUACAAGAAGUGAAGAUUAUAUCAGUGAAGACAUGACAGAUAACACUCUGAUAUCAAUUCAAGAGGACUUUGAUACCCCCAAAAAAGCGACAUGCACUGAAGUGCUUUAUGAUAUGGAUGCAUUAAGUCAGUUCCCAGUUGAGCUUUUAUCACCUGUGCAACUAGAUCCAGUACCUCAAACAAGUUGCAAGGACUUGGGUCAAAGAGAAUGCAAUACUAAACCAUCAAUAAUGUCCGGGUUCAAGACAGCUGGUGGAAAAGAUGUGACCAUCUCUGAAGAAGCUAUUAAGAAGGCUAAAGCAAUGUUUGAAAUGGAAAACAGAGAAGCUGAUGGAAAUAGCAAGCCAUCUAUGACAGGGUUCAAGACAGCUGGUGGGAAAGAUGUGAGCAUCUCUGAAGAAGCUAUGAAGAAGGCAAAAGCAAUGUUUGAAAUAGAAAGCACAGAAACUGAGAAAAACAAAAACAACAGUGUGAAAUGUGAACUUGAUUUCAAUGCAGGAAAAGUUGAAGUAAACGUACCUAGUUGUACACGUCAAGAAGUAGUACUUACAGGCGCUAAUAGAGUAUCUUCGAAUAAAACAAAAGAAAGCCAGUCCGACCAAGAGGUUCCAUUGUUCAAGGUUUUAACACCAUCUAAAAGAUCAACCGACUCAGUUACCUUGUUCGAGAAGACUUGCCCAAGUCCUAUUUCUGUUCAUAGUACUUCCAUUGUUCACAGCACUCCAAUACAAGAUGUCGAUGAGAACCUUUCUAGGGAAAUACUGGAGAGUUCUGCGGCAUUGAUUGCAGAUGAGUCCUUUACGAACUUUUCUGAAUGUGGUGGAAUUCAAGAUGAAAGAUUUCUCGUACCUAACGGUUCUACCAAGAAUGGGAAAACUGGAAAUCCAGAGAUGUGUCAAUCAGAACCACGACUUUCAAAAAGAGAAGCUUUAUUAGCAAAUGCAAGAAGACGCUCAGCACCGUUUUUAAGUAACGAGGACAGAACCAAUCCAUCAUUACAGACGAGAUCAAAUAUCAUGCCCUUGAGGUCCUCUCCUUCUGCGGUUUUGCAUGAUCGUCGAUCCAAAAUGUUUUCGCCACCUCUCAAACCGCUAAUCGUUAGUCCCAACAUGUCCACACCUAUGCCUAGCUUUCCCCCUGCAAGAAAAGAAGCCAAGCGACUAUUCGUGAAGCAAGGAAACUCACUAAAUCCAUCAGUGACAUCUCCUACUCAACCCUCCCCCCUGACUGCCGAAGGUCGUCCAUCUGUCAAUCAAAGAACUCCAACCACUGCACACACAGGUAUCCCAAAGCGACAAUUUACAACACCAUAUAGGUCAACCUCACCUCUCAGUAAACCGACGCCUUCAACUCAUAAGGAGGAAGGAAAUGGUUCUCCGGAGAGAAAGAGAGCUAGAAUUCUUGGUCCAGGGGAUAAUAAGAGGUCUGCUGCCAAGCCAGAAAACCUUGGCCGUGAGAGUGUGAAACCUAAAAUGGGAUACCUGUUCAAAUUACGCCAAAACUCAACAAGAAUAAAUAUGAAGAAAUAUGUGGAUGGCGCAUUACCUAGACGGUAUACUGAACAGGAGCUUCGUGACUUGUACGUCAUGGAUGACGCAAUGGCAGUAACGUCUCAUAACGCGGAAUCCUAUCGGUUUGUUGCGUUGAGGUUCUUCAGUAAUGAGACAUGCGCAUCAAACCAGGGCGUACGAACAGAAGAUGGAGGGCUGCUCUACAUAGGUGAAGAUGGACGGAUGGGAGUGGAGGAAAUCGAAAAAGGAUUAUUGACGACACCUGGUGUAGAUGUCACACUAAUCCCACACGGAUGGAUAGCCAAUCAUUAUAGAUGGAUAGUAUGGAAACUUGCUGCUAUGGAGACAGCCUUCCCACGUCACUUCGCUGGAAGAUGUCUGACUCCAGACUCGGUUCUUUGUCAACUCAAAUAUCGAUAUGACAGAGAGAUUGAUCGCUCACACAGAUCUGCAUUGAAGAAGAUAUUAGAACGUGAUGACCUGUCUUCUCGUACCAUAGUCUUAUGUGUGUCUAGCGUGACACUCACAAAACGUGACACAGAUGACGGGAAUGAAGAAAAAACCAGUAGACGUUCUAGUAGUGUAGGUGCUCAUGAGGCAUCUACUGUGAUCGAGCUCACAGACGGCUGGUACAGCGUCAAUGCUGUUCUAGAUGCGCCUCUAACAAAUCUGUUGUCAAAAGGCAAAAUAUUCGAGGGCCUGAAGUUAUGUAUCAAUGGAGCUGAACUAAUUGGGUCUGAUCAAGCGGUUUCUCCAUUAGAGGCUCCAUCGUCGCUAAUGUUACGUAUAUCUGCAAAUUCAACUCGCCGUGCACGUUGGAAUACCCGUCUCGGUUUCCAUAGCUACUCCCAUGCUUUUCCUUUACCCUUGUGUUCUCUCUACCCCGAUGGAGGUGUGGUUGGUUGCGUGGAUGUUGUCGUGUUGAGGCAAUACCCAGUAGAGUACAUGGAAAAGCUACCAAAUGGUACAACAGUAUUCAGAAAUUCCCGCGCAGAGGAACGAGAAGCCAAGAGGUUUGGGCGUGAUCUGGAUCGUGCGCGGGAAGAUGUAUUUACCAAAGUCCAGCGAGAGUUUGAAGAAGUAGCCAACAAAUCAGAUGCACGUUCGUCCAAGAAAGCGCGCUCAUUUUCGCCCAAGGACAUCUCAAAGCUGCGCAACGCCAAAGAACUUUAUGAUGCUUAUACGUCCGCUUCUGACCCAAGUUUUUUCGAGGAAUGCCUUGAUAAUAAUCAGAAAGCAUCUCUUGAGGACUACAGAAGGACAUCACUAGACAGCAAACGAGCCGAGCUGGAAAACAUGUUUCAAAGAGCCUGGGACGAGAAUGAUCAGAAUUUAUCUAAAAGAACAGUUGUUCCCUUGCUAAAAGUACGUCUUAUAAAUUAUUCAAAGUGUAACGAGGAUAAGACAGAGGCUAUCCUCAGCAURUGGCGGCCAAACGAGGACGUGGUUCAACUUCUGGCCGAAGGAUCGCGCCUGAGGAUAUAUCACCUGAUGGCAUCAGGAUCAAGGUACCGCCAGGGAUUACCAUCCUUACAGUUUUCAAGUACCCGGAGCACCCGCUAUAAGACCAUGAGCAUUGACCACGACAUUACAGACGAUCUCUACUCUGAACGAAAGACAACCUCGCUUGAUGAGCUCCAAACGAAUCCACCAGCCUUGUACUCUGAAGUAGAUUUAGUUGGAGUUAUAGUAUCUGUCACUUCACACAACAGCUCUUCGUUACAGACGGUGUAUAUCUCAGACGAGGAUCAUUACCUUGUGUCUAUCAAGUUCUGGGGAGGCCUCAAGACAUAUGCACUAGAUGACCUCGUCAAACCAAGAAAUCUUGUAGCCUGCAGUAACCUUGUUGUAAGAUCUACUGAACAUGUCAGCUGUCCUACCUUAGCCUUCAAUGAGCUAUCAACACUGACGCUCAAACCAAGAGAAUUAUAUCUACGAACAGCAUUAGACCACUUGAACGAUAAUAUACAGGACAUGGAUAUGUUUAUGGAUAUCGCACAAGGGUCACUGGACAAGAUACGUCGACCAGAUAAUACUCAUAAUAUGAAUUGUUCUCGUGUUUCUGACAGAAGUUCACCUUUGGAAGACAAGACAAUCAAGGGUUCGAGGACAGAAAAAGAGAACACUAGCAACUUCCAAGGUACAUCACCUAAACAAUGUGACUCUGCACCAGGUCGCGCACAGAACUUACGAGAAAAGGACCUGGUACCGACACCUGUUUCAAGGCCAUUAUCGGGUCAAUGCAAGCGAAAGCUGUUGGAAAGCAUGCCUGAGCCACCUGCCGCGCCUUCGAUAAAUGUCAGUGUGUCUGACAGUGUAAGGAGAGAUUUUAAAAGGCCUAGGAGGCUUACCACAGGGAUUCCACAAUGAAAAUAGACAGCACCACAGGAUGCUCAUUAUGAAAAUAUCUCACUGAGGAAUUAUAAAUAGAUACCAUGGACCAAAGUGGCAUAUUGAGCGAUAAUGAGCAAGAUAUUAUUACCACAGUUUGACAACACGAGUUUGGACUGUGAGACCACAGGGAGUACAUAGAAGGAUAAAAUAAGAAAAAUACUUGAUGAACCUCGAUGACUGCUACGUGCUUUCAUAUAUUUAUAUAUCAAAAGUGACCGGCUCUUGAGGCUCGCUAAGGGGAGCCUUCUCAUAUCUUGCAUAUUAUCACUUUCAUAGAUAGAUAGCGUAUCUUUCUUACAUUUGGUAUCCAAAAUGCGGGGGAAAUUAGCGAAAGUAGAAAUACGACGGUUAGGAAAAAAGGAACUCGGUAAUGAUGUGCUGAAAGCCUUCUGAACCAUUAGAAAAAACGAUGGUACUUUCAUUUCUAAAUGUGUCGGAAGCGGAAAUAUGAAAAAUAAAAACACCGUUUCUUCUCACGACGGCUUGAAAUGCCGGAGUUUUUAUUCAGUUACAGUUUGUAAAGUUAAGUUCUAUUUCAAAAAAUGUCAAAAAAA